GAAGAAACGAAAGCUCAACUCUUACGAGCAGAAACAAGCUGAUGCUAAGAGAAUCAAGCAAGAAAAAAUGAUGUUAAUGAUGGACGAACGUCAUGGAAGAGACUUUAAACCAGAGUUCAACCAAGUGAGAUAUUUCAGAGAUCAAAAAGAUGCUUCUAAUAAAGGAAAGAAGAGGGCGGACCUAGAACCACCUACUGAAUUGGGACGAGGAGUUACUUUGUCAAUUCAGAAGAAGCCCUUUGGUACUAUGUUCAGGACGCUGACGUUUGAAAGACGGUGUUCAUCGGUAGAGAUAGAUAAUAAUGAACCUGUUGAAAAGCUGUACACCUUGGUAUACAUAUAUCGCGACUCAAACGAUAAACAUAUGGUCGUUGUUCAUACUGUUGAUGAGAGAGAAUUAAAAAUAUCCACUGAAUAUGGGAAUUUUAUGCGUAGUAUGGAUAGUAAAAUUUAUCAUGCAAAAUUAGAUGAUAGUAAAGCGACUCUCAAAUGUGAACUCGAAAAUAUCACAGACUACCAGAUUUUUAUUAAAUCGUUUGUUGUUCUUUAUGGAAUGAGCAAUACUUUGAGAUUCGAUUCCGAAGGAAACGAAAAAGCUCUCGUUGAAACAAUCGCACAACUGGCAGGCGAUUAUUCAAAUAAGUUAUCCGAGAUACCGAAUACCAGAGGAAAGCAACCAUACCAAAUUAUAGAAUUUCUGGCAGAGAAUCCUCCUCUAGGAAUAGAUUCACAAUUUGAUUUCAAAAUAGAUGAAAAUGAAACCAUUAAAAUCGAAUCAAUAAAUGACCUCGUUAAAGCGGCUGCAAUCAAAAACUCUCAAAACAAGAUGGGUGAUCAAGCUGCAAUGCCCCCACCGCCGCGACCUAUCCGUCGUGUUAGUCGUCCGAUGCCCCCAAUACAAUCACCGAAAUCACAAGUUGGACAACUCCAACAACAACCUCUGCCGAAUCCUCAACAAAUUCCAAUUCAAAAUAUUGCGUCACCAAUACAAAUGCAAAACCCACAAAUUCAGCAAAUUCAACAGAUGGUAUUACAAAUUCCCAAUCACCAGAUUCAAAAUCCACAGAGUCAACAAAUGGUAUUACAAUUUUCUCCGACGGCUCAAAUUCAGAAUCAUCUAAUACCUCAGCAAAUGGCACAAUUUCCCUCCAAUCGACCUCCUAUUCCUGCAAAUUCGCAAGUUCAAAUGGCACCGAAACCUCAGUUGCCUGUUAAACGUCCAAGACGAAAAAAUUCCAAACAGAUGGAUGCAGCGAAUCAACCCGAGUCUCCUUCACAAAGUGGACAAUUUCAUCCGCACCCUCAAAUGAUGAUGCAAAUUCCAGGCGAACAAAAUCAGUCAUCAAAUCAGUCAUCAGUCCCAAGUCCUGCACAAACGCCAGUUCAAAUUGGAAUGCCUGGUCAACACUCUGCUCCAGGAACACCCUUGUUAAUCUCUGGACAGAACCAACAAUCUGAUAUAAGCCAUAAUCAACUUCAAGGAACUCCGAUGCAAAUGCAAGAACAGAUGCAAAUCCAACCUCCUCAAUUAUCAACACCUAAUACACCUAUUCAAAUUACUAUGAAAACUCAAGCCCAGCAAUCUAAUCCGGGGACACCAACGCAAAUUCCAACAUACAUUCAAGUUCAAGGCGAUUCGAAUUCAGUUGCAGGACCUUCGGCAUCAGUUCCAAUUCAAAUUCAAGGAAUCCAAGGUCAUCCUUCUGUACCUAGGCCUAUAUCCAUCCCUCAACAGCCUAAGAACGGUAUACAAAUUCACGCUGCUCCCGCGCCUAAGGAAAAUCAGACUCAAACCAAUAAUCAAGCAACUCAAAUAAAUUCUGGUCAGGUUAUGAUUGGUCAAAUUGGAAAUAACCAGACAGUAAUGACGCCAAUGCAGUACGCGCAACUUCAAAGUCAAAUUGCCAAUAGACUUUCCAAUCAAUUAUUGAAUAGACGAUUAAUUAACAUGAAUGUUCCGAACAUGCAAAAUAUAAGAGUACAACAACCCUUGCUUGACCCGCUUCAACAACCACAAUUUCAAAUAAACCCACAAAUGCAACUGGAAAUUCAAGAUCCGUCACAAAUUCAACAAAUUCAACAAAUUCAAAUGCAACAAAUGUUACAACAAAUUCAAGGUCGUCAAGGCAUUAUUGCGAGACCGAACAUAAUGGUUCCUCAACAACGAAUAAUCGAUAAUUCUCCUCGACAAAUGGUUAAUAAUCAAUGGGUUUACCAUCCAAGUCACCCAGGACAACAGCCACAAUAA